UGGUUAUUUGGUUUGAGGCAGUCUGAUACGAAUCCUGGCUCACCACGUAUGGGCUGUGUGACCUUGGACAAGCCACUCAACUUUUCUAAGCCUCAGGUUGCCCAUUUGUCAAAAGGGGAGAAUAACAGUACUUAAUCAUAUAAUUGUGUGUUAAAGGAGGUAAUAGAUGUUGCUUACUUUAACAGUGCCUGGCCCAUAGUAAGUACUCAAGAAAUGGCUAUCAUUUUAUAGUAGUAAUAUUAUUGCUGGACAUAGAGAACACUGGGGCAGAUAUGAGACAUAGAGGCAGAAGGGAUCAAAUUGUGAAGGGUCUUCAGCAAUGGCCUACUGAGUUUGGACUUUGUGCUAGAAAUGGAGAUGAGUCAAUGAAUGAAUAGAGUGCAGACAUGAUCAGAUUUCUGUUAGAGAGGUCCCUUUGACUGUAAGGAGGAGUAAGAGAGGGGGAGACUGUAAGCAGAGCUGGCUGAGUGAUUGAGUGUUGGGGAGAGGGAGAGGAAGUUCUCAUUUAUGACAUCCAGGUCGACACCUGGCUUGGCCAACUGGGAUAGGUAGCAGAUUUUCCGAGGGAUGCCUGUAGAACACCUGGGAAAAUUCCAGUGGGUAUUUGGAAAUAGGGAUCUGGCUCCCAGGUGGAGAUUUUGGAAAAUUUAAUGCAUGGGUCAUAGCUGAAACCAUAGACUGGUAAGGAGACUCAGGAAGAAUGAAGUGAGAUGUGAAGGGGGCCAGCAUUGGAGCCCUGGGAUCAUCCAUGUUCGUGAGGUAGAUGGAGGAAGAAGAAUGUGGGGGAAGGAAUUUGAGAGAAGGAGAGGUUAGUGAGGUAAGAAGAAAAUCAGCAAAGGUGACAUGGAGGCCAAGAAGGAAGAUUUUCCAGAGGCAGAAUGGUCAACAGUGUUGAAGUCAGCAAAGUCAAGGAAGACCACGACAUAUGGAGGCAGAAGUCUGAUUGAGGAGGGAGUGUAACGGGAGUGGCAAAGGAUCCACCCAGUGGGUUCUUUCCUGAGCUUGACUGAAAUGGGGUUGGGGGAAGCAUCAGGAGUUCACAGCUGGAGAGGGAGGCCAGGUUGAGGCAGAGAGAUUUACUUUUAGGUAGGAAGAGACCCGAGUCUGUGGCAGCCAUUCAAGGGAAAGGGUGGAAGAUACAGGUGAGAGGGAAGUCUCUGUAAAGGGAAGGGCUGGGGCACAGGAACCAGAGCUGAAGUGGAAGGUAGGUGUAGAUGCAGGUGAGUGUUUUUAGUGGCAGCUAGAGUUUGAGUGAGGAUCUACCUUCAGGCCUCUAUUCUUCCUGAGAAGGAUUGGUUGAAGGGCUGUCAACUGAGAAGAUAAAGCAAUUAGGGAUGGGAGAGAGCAAAACGCUCUGAAAUGAUGCCUGAGGGCAAUGGAGCUGAGGGCAAAACAAAUAGAACCCCACAGGCUUCCAGAGUUGGGGGUGUGUGUGUGCACAUGCAGGCAUGCACGCACGUGUCCCAGGAGAGUCCAGGCAUGAGAUUUGGAAUCCCCUUGAAGAAACUUCCCUCCGGCUAGUCGGAAGUGUGAGAUGCCCUGAGAGGUGCACUCCACAUCAGCCACACCCCCUCACAACCCUGCCUUCUUCCCUGGCCUUCAGGUAGACUUGGGGUUGAGGUUCCUGUUCUGUAAGAUCUAUACCGCCCCACCUCUGACUGCCCAGCUCUCACUGGUUCAGGUCUGACAGGCGUCAAUAGUGGCAAGGGACAAGAGGUCAUGAGGAGGGAAACCUGGGGAGGAAGGCGGCAUGGCAGAGGGUCUUCAGGGGUGAAGGUGGGGAGGCCCACGGUGUGGAGGAGAGGAGCCAGAAGUGAGCUCUGAGCCCUCCCCUGAGUUAGGGGCUCCUGUGCAGGCAGCCCUCUCAGAGGCCUUCCCUCACAGGUGUUUGGCCUUGGCUCCGUGGCUCAUAUGGUUCUAGGAGAGAAUAAACUUGGGAGCUACCUCGGUGUCAACUUGGGGUUUGGCUUCGGAGUCACCAUGGGAGUGCACGUGUCAGGGGGCAUCUCUGGGGCCCACAUGAACUCAGCUGUGACCUUCGCCAGUUGUGCUUUAGGCCGCAUGUCCUGGAAGAAGUUUCCUGUCUACGUACUGGGUCAGUUCCUGGGCUCCUUCCUGGCCGCUGCCACCAUAUAUGGCCUCUUCUACACAUCCAUCAACCACUUCUCAGGUGGACAUCUGACAGUGACCGGUCCCACAGCCACUGCUGGCAUUUUUGCCACCUACCCUCCCAGUCACAUGACGUUGUGGUGGGGCUUCCUCAAUGAGGUAUUGUUGACAGGAUUGCUCCAGCUGUGUCUCUUUGCCAUCAUGGACAAGCAGAACAACCCAGCAAUGGAAGGGACACAGGCCCUGGUGAUUGGCAUCCUGGUUGUCAUCAUUGGGGUGUCCCUAGGCAUGAACACAGGAUAUGCCAUCAACCCAUCCCGGGACCUGCCUCCCCGCUUUUUCACCUUUAUUGCUGGCUGGGGGAGUGAAGUCUUCAGGUGGCAUCAUCUACCUGCUCUUCCUUGGCUCCAACACCCCACGGGAACCAAAGACUCCGAUGGAGCCCAAGAUGUAUGAAGAACACAGAAUAUCCGUGUUGCCAAAGACCAGGUCUCAUGCAUCCAAGGCCUCUCCCCUCACUCCCGUCUCUGUGUCCUCUAA